CUGAGGCCACGCCCCCUGCCUGAUACGUUCCUGCUGACUACAAGCACAUGACCAGGCGUGUUUACACCGUUUACACCUGCAGUGACUGAGAGACACACAACAUACAGACACCGAGAGAAGAAGAGGAAGAAGAAGAAGAAGGAGAAAGGGUUGUCUUUGGAGGUUAUUAUUCGCAGUGAAUUGCUCCAGGCAGCCUCUUCACAUCUGUAUCCCUGGAGUGAAGCUACAUCCUCGGUCACAGGCUCCCGGAAGCCUGGCCUCUCUGUCCACCAUGGACGAGACAGACAUAGAACAGGUGACCCUGGCUCUGCUGGAUGCAGCCACAGAUAAAGACUCAGAAGUGCAGGAACAGGUCAGAAAGUCUAUGCUGACCCUGGGAAAGCAGCAGCCCGACAGAGUGUUAGCCAUGUGUCAGGACUACCUUCUGAAACACCCAAAGUUGGCAGUGAGCCACCGAGUUGUGAUUCUUCAGACCAUCGAGCUGAUCGUGGGCUGCAGGAUUGAUGAGAUCAGUUCCCCGAGGAUAAAGAGCAUCAUCUCUCUGGCUUCAGACGAGAUGACGCGGUCAAAGGAGGUCAUCCCUGAUUGGCAGCAGGCAGCCAGUAAUAUCUUGGUUGCUGUGGGCAACAAACACAUCAAUGACAUCAUGGAGGAGAUCCUCAGCAAGUUUCAGCCUGGGCUCAUACCGCACUUCUUUGUGGUCCAGACACUUGCCAACCUUUCUGACUCCAAUGUUUACGGUAUGGUCCCUUUUCUGAAUGCUAUCCUGGGCACCAUGUUGCCCAUGCUGGGCAUGGCCAAACAGGACAACAUGAAGUGGGUCUUCUCUUCUGCUCUGUGUCACUUCAGUGACAGUAUCUUAGAGUACCUCGCAAACCUGGACAAGGCUCCAGACCCUACAGUCAGAAAAGACACGUUCUCCAGUGAAAUAUAUGCUGCUUACGAAAUCCUCUUCAGUACUUGGUUACAAAGCAGAGAGUCUAAGUUGAGGCUAACAGUAGCUGAGGCGGUCGGCUCCAUGUGUCAUCUGAUGGCCAGUGACAAACUGGAGGAGCAGAUUCCUAAGCUGAUUCCUGCCAUCGUGUCCCUGUACAAGAAAAACAAUGAGCACUAUGUCAUAAGCAAGAGUCUGUGCCAGGUGCUUGAUGCGUCUCUCAACAUGGGCAGCAGGGUGCUGGAGACACAAAUGGACAGUCUACUCUUUGCACUGCACCAACAGGUGUCUGCCCCUGUUGACUACAGUAACCCUCCUACUGUCAAGAACCACAACGAGGUCCUGCGCUGCUUCAGCUUACUUGCAAACGCCUUCCCCGACCGGCUGGUGAUGUUCGUUCUACAGAAGUUGGAGAACAGUAAUGAGCGCAGCAGGGUCGGCUCCCUUGCAGUCCUACGUCACCUCAUCAACUCAAGUACUUCAACAAUGGAGAGUAAGAAGCUGCUGAUCCUGGCCAGCAUCAGACAACCAAUGGCCGACCAGAGCAACAAGGUGAAGAAGCGUGUGGUCCAGGUGAUCAGUGCGAUGGCUCAUCAUGGCUACCUGGAGUUAGACGGAGGGGAGCUGCUGGUUCGAUUCAUAGUUCAACACUGUGCCUUACACGACACGUAUCAGCGAGGCCAGAGGCCCACAGAUCCAGAGGAGGUGACUAAUGAGGCUCUGAGGACAAUGUGUGACAACACGCUUCAUCUCCUGACCACUACUGUUGGACGACUAGCUGACGUACUGUGGCCAAAGCUGCUGUACUACCUGACCCCUGGACAGUAUAGCAACGCCACCACCGCUCUGUGUAAGAGUCUGAUAGUUCUGGGCACCAAGAAGAAAAACAACCAGGAGCCCAGCUUUAACAUCGACUUCACACAAGAAGUGAAUCUACCUUCUCCUCAAACACUAAUGAUCAGACUGCUGGUGAAUGGAGCGUUUCCGUUUCACGGCAGAGGACACGGCGCUCCGUCCCUCUCUCUCCUUCAAAUCCUCAGUGUCAACAUUCAUCCCAACGCAGAGAUACUCUGGGAGAAAGAGAUCCCUCCACUGCUCUCAGUCCUAGAGGAGUCGACCUCAGAGAGCCUGGAUAAGCAGCACUGGGAUGAAAAGUUACUAAAGCUCUUAUCUAAAACUCUGGAUAAUAUCAAUGAUGACAAAUGGGUUUGUCAGCUGGCAGCCGAGGCAACAAGAUAUCUCCCCACCUAUAACAGUGCUCUAGAGGAAAAGAGUUUCCUGUAUCGAUGUAUAGGAGUGACUCUCCAGCAGUGUUUCAACAAAGAGCUGGUGAAAAAGCAGCUGCAGGAGAUCCUCCUCACAGCUCGACACAGCGAUGCCAUCGAACGAGAGGGAGUUGCGAUGGGCGUCGGUUUGUGUGCAAACAGCCACUUGGAGGGAACUCUGGCCAAGCUGGAGGAGUUUGGAAAGUCAGACGCCUUCAAGAAAUCACCAAGCAUCUUCAACCUGCUAAAAGAGCGUAAUGACGUGGAAAUCGAGAAAGUGAAAAGCACUUUAAUCUUGUGUUACGGACAAGUGGCUCUGAACGCACCUCCUGAGAAAAUACUGAACCGCAUUGAUCAAGACAUCCUUCGCUCCAUCAGUAAACACUUCAAUACUAAGGUUCUUGGGAUCAAAGUAGAGACAAAGGACCUGACCAUGAAGCUGAGUUUGGUCCAGAGUGUGGGACUCAUCGCCAGAGCGAUCAGAGAGUGUGUGAAGAAACAAGGCUACGUCUUCACUCGCAAGCAGGAGCUCAUUAAUGUGAUGCUGGAUUUCAUCAAAGCAGAGCCGGCUGAUUCAUUGAGGACUCCAGUACGUCAUCUUGUGAUGACUACAUGUUCUAACCUGAUGCCUCUGGAUCCUGCUAUGAGUGAGAAUGAAAGCUUUGAGUUGCUGAAGGUGUGCGUGAACAGUGUGAUGUCUCUACCGCCUGAGAACAGCACUCCAGAGAAAACUAAAGAGGAUGAGAUACUGGACCCAAAGCAGAGGAAGGAUUUGUACAGAGACACGUUUACAGCACUACAGGAGCUGCUGAAGAGUGUCCUGGCCAAGGACCCCACACCUGAUGGUCUGCAGAGUGUCUUCAAGCACAUUGAAUCCUGGCUGAGCUCCACUCAUGACCAUGAGAGAGAAAGAGCUGUCACAGCCACCGCUCACAUCCUGGCUAACUUCCUGGAUAACCUGACUGUCAAGAACAUGGUCUCUUUUCACAACCUUGGAGCUCUGCUGGGUCGUCUGUCUCCUCGAUGUUCUGACCCUCAACUUGCUGUACGCAUGGCUGCUGUUGACUGUAUUUACACGCUGCUUUACAUACAGCUACGCUAUGAAGGUUUCUCCCUGGACUAUAAGGAUGAAGCUCUGGACAGUCUGCUGCCCCUGAAAGACCAACUAGAAAACCCAGACCACUCAAUCCUUUACAAGACCUGCUCUGACCUCACAAAGGUGAUGAGUAAACGUCUCCCUCAGGAGCAGCUGCACACGUUGGUGUUCAUGUUGUUUGACGGACUCAUCGACAGUCAGGCAAACUGCUGCAGAGCUUCAUCUGUCAUCCUGAAUACUCUUCUGAAGAACAGAGGAGGAGGACUGCAGGAGCAGGUUCCAGAGAUGUUGGAGGUGUUACAUUCACGUCUGCAGAGCAUCACAGAGGAGCAGGUGAGAGUGGCUGCAGGACAGACGGUUCUCAUUCUGGCUUCUCAGCAUCUCCAGACUGUCAUCAAUUCACUCAUUAACCAACCACUGCCUUAUGACAGCUGGAUCAGUGAGAUGUGGAUGGCCUUGGGAGCAGACCCCAUCGUAGCCAAUCAGAUUAUGGAGAUGGUGAUGGAGAAGCUCGUCAUCCUGGCGCCUUACGUGGACAAGAAAGAAUCGAUGAUGAGAGGAGGGAUGACAAAGAUGGCCACCAAUCAGCCACUGGCUAUGACAUGUGGGCUUAAAGAGCUAUUAUUAAACGGUCAGAGUCAGGAGCCGGCAGUCAGCAUGUUUCCUCAGCUCUUCUCCUGCCUCACCGUCAGACUGGGAGCAAGCGUUGGGGUCUCCGCACCAAAGGACAACAACAUUAAAAACGCUGCUCCAGUCCACGUCGCAGGGGUAGCGGCUGAUGCGCUGCGCAUCUUGUUAGCCCGGGCUCAGCUUGAUGAGGUGAUGAAAAAACUGGAUGAGGAUAACGCCUGGGAAGCAAUGAAGGAACAAAAUACACACAUCACUGGAGUCACACUACUGGCCAGGGCAAUGGCGAAGCAUGCAGGUCCCAGGCUGCCCGCCAUUGUGGAGUGUCUGUGUCCCUCCCUGAACAACAUCUACGAGUGCCAGAGAGUCACUGUCACAGCGUUCUUCUCAGAGCUGUUGAACCAUCACGUGGUGACGGAGCUGAUGCUGAUAGACGUUUUAAUGAACAACAUGAUGGAGAGAAUAUCAGAUCCCUGUUGCACUGUCCGUAUGUUGGCCGUACGGGGGCUUGGGAAUAUAGCUGUGGGAUCACCAGAAAAGGUGAAUAAGUAUGCCAAGGAGCUGCUGGCAGCCAUGAGUUCAGGCAUGGAGGAGAAAGAUGAUCCCGGUAAGCUGAUCACGCUUGAAGCCAUGUCAGGUCUCUCUAAUGUCCUCCGCCAUCUGGACAAGAAGAACGUCCACUUACUGGUGGUUUAUAUCUUCAUGAAGAUCAAACCGUUCCUGGAAUGUGAGAACGAUGAGAUCCGCUGUGCCUCCAUCCACCUGAUGGGGAAUCUGUCCAAGUUUGGCUCAGGAGAGCCCGUGUUCAAAGACCAGAUCCAUAACGUUCUGGUCAGCCUGCUGUUACACCUGGUUGAUCCAAACCCACAGGUGGUCAAGGCAUGUAAGUAUGCAAUGCGCGCGUGUGCUCCUGUGGUGGGAUCAGAGCAGAUCACGGCCAUGUUUCAGAACCACCUCCAUGAAGACAAGAGCCUGCACUACGGAGAGUUCAUCAAUGACCUCACUAAGUACCUGAUUCAGGACUUUCCCGGCAUGUUGAACUUUUAUCACAUCUCAGUCAUCCAGUUCUUCAAGAGCAACUGGCAUGAAGUCCGAGCAGGAGCAGCCAUGUUUAUAGGGUUCCUGCUGGGGAACCUUCAAGAGGAGCAUCUCUCCCACCUGAACAUGGGGACCAUCACUAAAGGUUUGGUGAUGCUACUCCAGGAUCCUGAUCCUGUAGUGAGAUCCAAGGCUGCCGAGGCCAUGGGUCAUUUUCACUGACACACGGAAACUACAUAUACAUCUCACUUUGUCCUCUCGUCACUGUCAGUAGAUAACCACUACAUGAAAAAACUGAUUCUGCAUAUUAUCACAACAUUUAGAGCGAUACAGUUUAACAGUUCUUCAUUUUAAGACUUCAAACCAAAACCUCAACAAAAGAAGGAACCAAUGUUGAGCAAGAAAGCCAAACUUAUAGAUUAACCAAUGAUAUAAAAUCACUCAAAAUAAACACUAUUAUUACACA